AAAUGUAACGCAAACCGUAGUAUUAACACUUGCAGUACAGGAUAUAGUCGCAUGUAUAGUUAGGAAAUGAUGUAGCCGUGAAGUAGCUAUAAACAAAAAUGAAUUCGAAGAGCCAGGAAAGUCUCAGCGCUACAGACUCUGCUCAAGGCCAUGAAAAUACAGGGGAGCGACGCAGGUUCAGUCCGUUUAGAGCGAUUCGGAAAAUAUUUCGUGAUGGAAGGAAAAGAGGGAAACAUCUGAGCAAGUCACGUGGUAAUCUUGCACAAGAUGCUCUGUACAGUGACGCACCCUACGUGGCACGACUGCGCACUAGCGUGACGUCAUCCAGCGGGUUAAACAGACCGCUCAGUUUGUCACACGAAAGCGUCUUUUCUCCCGAGGUUGAAACAACUGAUAUUUUCCGAAGUAAGGGGACAGCGAUAACGGCAAAGCCUUUACCCGAAAAAAGUGACACUGGUAUUGCCUCCUCUCCUCCAAACAAGGUUUCACAGUUACAAAGCCAAUUGCGUUUAAGACUCGAACCUGGUGUGCCAGCUCCAGGAGGCUUACAAGUUCCAAAAAAACCAAGACCACCACGACCAGUGAGUGAACCGCCUAUAAUAUUCAUCAACGGUUUUGACAAGUUCACUUCAGAGGUUGUGGACGCUGAGGAGACAGAUGCAACCAUGGGAAAUAAGAGUUCGAAAAAAGAGCAACGCACGAAGAGUGAUGUCGUUUCAACAUCAGAACCAGCAAUGGAGCAACCAUUCGAAGAACACCCAACAAUACUAAAGAACAAAGCAGCGCGAGAUAGAAUUGCGGCACGACCUAAAAACAGAAGGGCCGCAACACGAAGGGUGCUCACAAGCGUGAAAGAGAGUGAUACAGCUUCAGAAUUGGAUAUACCAGAUUCUAUUUUUGCACCAAUUGAAAAUGCAAAGAAACCUGAUCUCCCAAUUGAAGCAAAUGAUCUGGAAACAGCUGAUAUAAAACCAGAAGAACCUGAAGAUGUGGAUGUUAAAACAAGGAGAAAAUCUGCUGGACCUGAUACAUUGGACGAUGCUGCUCCGAAAACCAGCUCUGUUAAAAAGUCGUAUUCUUUCAAAAGUCCUCUUGGUGGAGGUGGUAACAUAAAAGUGCCGUCAUUGGGGGAUGUUACUAAAGUAAAACUGAGGAAAACUUCCAGCAAUGCAUCGUCAUCAUCAUCCGUUGUGGUGGUAAAAAGAACUCCAUCAUUUGAAAGACCUCAGUUGCGGAGUCCAAGUAAAUCUAAAGAUUCUUCAGAAAACAAAGAUUCGCCCAAGGUGGUUUCAAAAGGUCUUGCUCACAAACUGUCAUUUGGGAAGAAAAGCAAACCAGAAGGUUACGAUAAAAAGGAAAAUAAGAAGCAGGAAGAACAAAAGGAGAAGAAGAAGGAUUUAAGUAAGUCACCUAAGCAGGAGAGGCCUAACAAACUGAACUGGCUUGGAGGAUCAAAAACGAAAAAUGAUAAAAAUGAACAAAAGUCUCCAAUGUCCCCACCUUGUGAUGAGAUUACUAAAGCUUUGGAGAGAAGACGUAACUUAAGUACCAAUAAGCAGACUGAGGAGGGUGAUUUGAAAAUGGAUUUAACCCAAAAUAAAAGUAAUGGACAAUCCCCAGAGGAAGAAGGCACGGACCGGUUUGUUAAGCUGCGUAAAGUAAGCAAAGAAAAUGGGGCCAAAGACACAAAAGUUUCGCCAACUGAAAAUAAGCCUGUGUUUUCACCUCUGCGUCAGUCGCUAAAAUCUAAGGAGCAGGCUGGGUCUGAAAAAUCCAUUAAAGCUGUUGACAAAAACCCAAAAGAAAAAAAUAGUGAUCCUUCUCCUUUUCAUGUCAAGUUAAGGCAAACAAAGCAGAGUGGAAAGUUUCUAAAGGAAAAACAAACAGAUGAAGAAACCAAACAAAGCUCUAAUGUGAUUGGAAAAACUGAAAACACCAUGGAAAUUAACCCAAGCAAAAACAACUCAGUUGUACGAAAAUCAUCGCUUAACGGAAACAACAACAACAACAAUAACAACAAUGUGAAAAUUUUAUCUACUGAAGACAUCACAUCAGUAGCGAGCACUCCAGAAGAAAAGAAUGUCCCCCCACAUUCCAACAAGGUAAUGGAUAGGAAAAGCCCUCCUAAGAUUCCUACAAAACCAAAACGAACUUUGACCCCUAACAACGAAAGUGCUCUUAAGCCUGCAAUUUCCAAAACUCGGUUGAAUUCCGAGAGCUCAAAAGAUGAUAAAUCUUCCAAGAAAGAAUCUCCUGCAAUGUCUUCGAAUCCCGACUGGGUGUCGCUGGCAAGAAAACAUUCCAGAAGUGGGAAAAAUCAAACCUGUCAGCACAGCAACCAGUAA